AUGACCCAACUUGAUAUAGAAUCAAAGGCUUUGGACCAAGAGAAUCAAAGAUCUGGGUUCGAUGAGAAAGCUCGAGCAAGAGAAGAAAAGAGGAAUGCCAAUGAAGCCUUUGUGGAAAAACGAAUCAGUGCUUCAACCGGACAUAAUCCUCGUAAAUCUUCGUCGAGCAGAGAUUCGAUAUCUAGUGGAAAACGCAGGUCGUCCACUGAAGGCACUAGAGUAGAAAAGGUGGAUCGAGAUAUUUUCAGGCCAGAAAACCAUGGGCGUGAUGGUCAGCAGCCGAUCGAAGAACCAGUCGGUGCAUUUUCUGUGCGUGAACGAGAGUAUUCAAAUUCUAUUCGCAACAACGAAGCUCAUGUAGAGCCCAGUGAGAACUUGGCCAUUGCCUCCGUUGUUGUUCCAGAUGAGAACAUUGCGGACAAGAAGGUCAAUGACACUGAAAAGAUGAACAGCAUUGAAAACAAACAAUUGUCUCCAAAAAGCAUGGCAAUCUUUGCAAUUGUUGCACUUGUGGUAAUUGUGAUUGGUGUCGUAGCGGCCGUGGUGCUUACCGGCGAAGAAGAGAAUGGUGGAAAUGCAGCCUCGGUUUCCUCAAAGAGAAAGACAGCUCUUCUUAUUGUCGACGUCCAAGACUGCUUCAUAGGAAGUGCAAGUGUUACUGCAAACGGACAAGUUGGCUCUCUUCCUGUUGCAGGCUCGGAGGAAAUUAUCCCAAUCAUCAACAGAAUCCGAGACGAAAAAAGUUGCCUCUUUGAUCUCGUAGUCAGAACACAAGACUUCCAUCCAACCAAGCAUAUUUCCUUUGCUUCGACAUUUGGUCUUGAGCCAUAUGUGCAUAUCACAGGAGGUAAGGGAGAGCUUGAACUGAAAUGUGUCAACAUCGGGGAAGGCUCUUGUUGCCCAGAAGCUUUGAUUGCGAGCGGAAUCUUUGCCCCAACCGAGCUAAAAUGGAGCUGGAUGGAACAUUGA